CGCUCCUCCCAGGCCCCGCCUCCUCCACGUCACCAGACAGGCCGGGGAAGACAUGGCGGAGCGUAGGAGACACAAGAAGCGGAUCCAGGAAGUUGGUGAGCCAACCAAAGAUGAAAAGGCUAUUGCAAAGUACCUGCGCUUCAACUGCCCUUCAAAGUCAACUAAUAUGAUGGGUCACAGAGUCGAUUACUUCAUCGCUUCCAAAGCGGUAGACUGUCUUCUUGACUCGAAAUGGGCAAAGGCAAAGAAAGGAGAAGAAGCCUUAUUCACUAACAGAGAGUCUGUGGUUGAAUUUUGCAACAGGCUCCUGAAAAAACAAUUCUUCCACCGUGCAUUAAAAGUGAUGAAAAUGAAGCCUGAAAAAGAAAUCAAGAAGGAAAAGGAGAAAGGAAAGACAGACAGUGGAAAGGAAGAGGACAAAAAGAGCAAAAAAGAAGUUGUGAAGGAAGAAAAGGUCAAGAAAGAGAAAGAGAAGAAAAAAGAAGCUGAAAAAGAGGAAGUUAAAAAGGAGGAGACUUCAGGGUCCCCAAAGAAGAAAGAAACCAAGAGAAAGUUUAAGUUGGAGCCACAUGAAGACCAGGUCUUUCUAGAUGGUAAUGAGGUUUAUGUGUGGAUAUAUGACCCAGUCCAUUUUAAAACAUUUGCUAUGGGACUCAUCCUUGUAAUUGCAGUGAUCGCUGCAACUCUGUUUCCUCUGUGGCCUGCUGAAAUGCGCGUCGGGGUUUAUUACCUGAGUGUUGGAGCAGGAUGUUUUGUGGCCAGUAUACUUCUUCUUGCUGUUGCAAGGUGCAUUCUCUUCCUCAUCAUUUGGCUCUUGACUGGCGGAAGACACCACUUCUGGUUCCUUCCAAAUUUGACAGCAGAUGUGGGCUUCAUAGAUUCCUUCCGACCACUUUAUACACAUGAGUACAAAGGACCAAAGACCGAUCAGAAAAAAGAAGAAAAGUCUGAGAUCAUAAAGCCAGUGAAAACAGACAGCGAGGAUAAAUCUGACAGUGAGAAAAGGGAAGAGGAAGAAAGAAAAGCUGAAGCAACAGAGGGUUCUGGCACAGAUGCAUCCGGUGCCGAAAGACAAUCGGACACGGACAGUGAUAAGCGAGAAGAUGAUGGUUCGCAACAUAGCAGCGGCAACGGGAAUGAUUUUGAAAUGAUCACACGGGAGGAACUUGAGCAGCAAACAGACGGUGACUGCGAGGAGGAAGAUAGCGAAGACAAAGAGACUGCCGAAUCCAAGCCUCUAUGCGAAAAAUCGUGAAGGCAGGAAAAUGGGUCUGGACCGAAUAUAUGUGCAGAUGAAUGGAUUUUACUGUGGAGUGAUCACCAAAACAUUACACACAUUUCUUCACUGUCUUCUUUCUGAUAUGCAGGAGAUCUGUAGGGAUCAUCAAAUUCGUUAGGCGAUUAAAAGCGGUAUUCCAGUAAAAGGAAAUGUGUUUUUUUAAAAGAAAGUUACUAAUAGUUAAAUUGGAAAAAAAUAUAUAUAUAUUCAGCCUUAGCCACGGUCAUGGUGAAAAGACCAAAUAACACAAGUGAUACACAUUCACUUUUUAAUCGUACUCGUUCCUCUCAGAAAUCUGUUGUGAUCAGCUAUGAAACCUCUGCUGUGUGGGUUUAGGUUAUGGCAGUCUGACAUCUGCAUGCUGCUCACACACAUUGCUGCUUGUCCACUGCAUGCUAAUGCACAGGUCUGUUCAUUUCAGGAAGCUUAUGAUAAAAUCUCAGAAGUUCAGUUGUAGCAAAAUACUGCGUUUAGUUUAUAAAUAUAUUUUUAAAGAGCGUUUCUCAUUUGUAUUGUCUAGAAUCUCUAUACGUGUCUUGUACAUCUCUCCAACAGAAAGCCCAGUAUUUUACUGUUCGGGGUAUUCUUUGCUUUGCAUAUUUAUGUUCCUCAAAAGUGUUCUUUAUCUUUUUUUUUUUUUUUUUAUAUAUAAUGACUUUGAUGAUCCCUAAGAAAACAUGUAGUCCAUAUUAUAUCUUUCCCUUAUGUAUAGUGAAGAGUAGAUAUUUUUUUUAAGUAUAAUAUUUAAACAUCAUUGGCAAAAUGCCACCUUCUUACUAACAGCUGAGAUGUCAUCCUUAGUUGUAAUACUGAAAAAGUACUGUGUAUUAUUUUGGUAUUGAUGGUACUAGGUUCUCUGCUAUGGAAAGUUUACUAGAUAGUUUUAAAUCCAGAACUCUACUCACUCUUCAAGCUGAGGCACUUUUUUUUUUUUAAAAUAAGAAAAGCCUAUUUAUUCUCAUGCUUUCUCUCGAUCUAAGAUUAAAAGGUGCAUUUGUUUUCUUUACACAAUUUAUCUUUUUCUAAGACUGUGUUGAAUUUCUAUUUCCUCGUUUGUAGUAACACACACAUUGAUCUUUUAUGUGAAAUCACUCGAGUAGAUGAUUGAUCGUUCCUGGGUAUUUUCUGCAGUUUGCUCUUAAUUGCUCAUUCUGCGCUAAAUCCCCUCUCCGCAUCAUUUAAAAAAAAAACUACAGUCUAGAAUAUGUAACUGUUAUGUGUAUAAAUGAAUGUCUCCUUGUGGGCCAAGAUGGAAGAGAAACAUUGGGUGCCUUUAUAGGAUGGGAUACUGCAAGUCUAAAAAAUGGCCUGGAAGAAAAGUGAGAAUUUUGAUGACAUUUAUAACAGUCAGUGCACCUUCAAAUGAGUUCUGAAAUGUAAAAGUCACGAAAAAAAGGAAAAAUGUAGCAAACAUUAAAGUUGGUUGUAAUUCAAUAAACCGUAAUGUUGGUAGUUGUUGCAAAUGUUUGUUAAGCAAAUCAAUGUAUUUAAACCAAGGUGUAUUGGAAAAAAAAUGCACAGCGCCCCCUGCUGCAUGUAUGAUGACAAACCCAAUCAAGGGAAAUUUAUAUUUUCUUCUCUCUAAACAUGAUGCACCAAGAGGUAUUGGUUUGAUAUCUCUCCAAAAAUCUGUUUCAUGGAUAGAUGAGUUUCUAUUCUACUGAUGCAAAUACCAUCAGCACCAGAUUAAAUAAUUUUUAAUUGGGCGGAUGAAAACUUUGCAGAAACAAAUGAAAUUGUUCUAUUUAUCCAUUUUUGAUUCUUAUACAUUAUUUAUACACAAAUAGCAGGUGUUUGUUUUAGUUAAAGUUCCUAAAAUGAAGGAUGCCAUUUUAUGUUGCUGUCCAGCUAUUAGUGGAAGGCAAUUAACUUGUCUUUGAUUGAGAUAUGGCAGCAUUUUGCACACUAGUUUUCGCCACCAACGAUGAUGGUGGCAUAAAUAUUGCCAUUGGAACAUAACUUAUAAUAGCUGCAGAGCUGCAGUGUGCCCAUCACAGAUUUAGACGCUAGUUAUUCUAAUUAAUGUAGGCAAAUAUUUUCACUUGAACAUAGCUGCAGGAUGUGGCUGCAUGACGUGCAUCAGACAGAUUUAAAACGUUAAAAAGGGGGUUUCAGGCAUUUAACAAUUGUUUAUUUUCAGGAAAAGAAAGCCUUUAAUCCUUCAGAAAGACUGUGAGUGACAUAGAUGUUUUCACAGCUUAGAUUUGUGCCAACAUUCCAUGUAUGUAAGUAUAAGUAAAACUAUGCUUAUUAAAAGUAAAGGUGACAAAAC